GUGAAGUUCAAAGAUGAGGAGUCAAUUGCUAAUCACAGGUCUUUAGGGAUUUCUUGAAUUCAACCAAGUAAGUUGAUUCAAGAGAAUUGAUAGAUUGGACCCAUUCAAUUUUUUUCCCCCCAAUUCCAUUUUCUCUUCAAUUUUUUCCCUAAAAUUGUAAAUAUAAUUGACUGCCUUUUUCGUGUUUGACAGAAUGCUUCACUCAUCCAUUAUGUGUGAAUUCAUUUGGCAGGUUUAAGGUUUUGAGCGAGUUCGGAGGCGAGGGGUCAAUUUUAGGCCGGAGUGACCGAUUGAAACGAUCCCUCACAGGCUCGAUUUCUAAGGAUGUCGUGCUCUUCUUCGUCAAGAUCAUAUGGUACAAGUUUCGAUAUGUAUGACCGCUAUGCUCAGCGAGGACGUCAGAUCAAACCCUGGGAUGAACGUGAACACCGAGGGAGACUCAAAUGGCAAGCUAAAAAAAGCAUCAAGCACGACAUGAAGAAGGUGAUUGAGGACUCCGCGGUUAUCGAGGAAGGGAAACAGAAUCAUAUCCGGAAGUACGAAGAAGCAUAUCGGAUUCUGAAGGAUAAUGUGAAGUACAAUAAAUUGAGAGAAAAGGUUUUGGCUCAGCCAUAUGUUUCCUAUCGCCAAGCUUCACCUGAGAGCGUGAUAUCUCAUUACUUCGGACCAUCGGCACCACCCUUGGUCUACAUUGACAUAUCUAUAUCUUCAGAUUCGGAGGACGAAGAUCCAGAGGAACCACCAUUCGAUGAAUAGAAUUGGGUUGUCUUAGAGCCGGAGGGUAGGAUGAAAAAUGUCUAGAACUAUUGUGUAGCAUGGCAUAGUAGUUUGACUUUAUUGUUAUUUAAUCGGUGAAGGAAAAAUUCAAACCAUGUUUGCUUUC